UGUUGGCGGCGGUGACAGAGUUGGGGUGCAGUCGGGCACAGGGGCACUGAGGGGCUGCGGCAGGAGAACGGGGGGCUGGGCAGCAUUAGCGCAGCCAGGCUGGGCGCGGCGGGCGAAAGCUAUUGGGGGUGAAGCGCAGGGGGUCUAUUGGGGGUCUAUUAAGGGGCUGGGAUAAUGUGUCCCCUGGUGUUGUUGCGUUGGGGGGGCUGCUGCUCCCGGCUGCUACCGCCGCCGCCCCCCGGGCUCUGGUCUGCGCGGGGAGGAGGCGGCGGCGGUGUGCGGUGGCGGAGGGGCCUGUUCUCGGGUUUCCCGUCUGCUGCGUCUCACUGGAGUAAAGUGGUGUCCGAGGCCGAGAAGAUCGUGGGGUAUCCGACCUCGUUUAUGAGCCUCCGCUGUCUGCUGAGCGACGAGCUGAGCAACAUCGCCAUGCAGGUCCGCAAGUUGGUUGGGACCAAGCACCCGCUGCUGAACACCGCCAGAGGGCUUGUGUAUGAUAGCCGGAAUAACCUACAGAUGCGAGGUUUGGUUGUAUUGCUUAUUUCCAAAGCAGCUGGUCCCAGCAAUGGAGCAGACCUUUCUUUCCAGCAUGAUAUGGUCAGCGGGAUUUAUUCCAGUCAAAGAAGUCUGGCAGAGAUUACAGAGUUGAUCCACACUGCCUUCUUGGUGCAUCGUGGGAUAGUAAACAUUGGUGAGCUGAAGUCCUGUGAUGGCCUACUGAAGGACAUGCAGUUUGGAAAUAAAAUAGCUGUCCUGAGUGGAGACUUUCUUCUAGCAAAUGCUUGCACAAGCCUAGCUCAGUUACAGAAUACUAAGGUUGUGGAGCUCAUAUCAAGUGCAAUUGGUGACUUAGUGCAAGGAAUAUACUAUGACAAUUCUAACUUAUCGGAGGAAAACUGUCUUACGCAUGAUAUUGGAAUAUCAACUUGGAAAGAACAGAUUUUCCUGUCCCAUAGUGCCUUGUUGGCAAAGAGCUGCCAGGCCGCAAUGGAAUUAGCAAAGCAUGAUGCUGAGAUCCAGGAUAUGGCAUUUCAGUAUGGAAAGAACAUGUCUAUGAGUCAUAAGGUAUGCUUUUCUCUCUGUUCAGCCUUCUACUGAAAGGGUAGAUGA